GAAAAAGAAAGAAAAGAAAAGAAACCGAAGACCAAGAAAAUUGAAAAAACAGUUUGGGAUUGGGAAUUUAUGAAUGAUAUCAAACCAAUAUGGCAGAGACCAUCCAAAGAAGUAGAAGAGGAUGAAUACAAAGCUUUCUACAAAUCCUUUUCAAAAAUCAUCUUUUCAAAGAAAAGUGAUGACCCCAUGGCUUAUAUCCACUUUACUGCAGAAGGGGAAGUCACCUUCAAAUCAAUUUUAUUUGUGCCCACAUCUGCUCCUCAUGGUCUGUUUGAUGAAUAUGGAUCCAAAAAGAGCGAUUAUAUUAAGCUGUAUGUACGCCGAGUGUUCAUCACAGAUGACUUCCAUGAUAUGAUGCCCAAGUACCUUAAUUUUGUCAAAGGUGUUGUGGAUUCAGAUGCUCUCAAUGUUUCCCGUGAGACUCUUCAGCAACAUGAACUCCUCAAGGUGAUAAGGAAGAAGCUUGUCUGGAAAACUCUGGACAUGAUCAAGAAGAUUGCCGAUAAGAAGUACAACGAUACUUUCUGGAAGGAGUUCGGCACCAACAUUAAGCUUGGCGUGAUUGAAGACCACUCAAACCGCACCCGGCUUGCAAAGCUCCUGAGGUUACAGUCUUCUCACCACGCAACUGACAUCACUAGUCUAGACCAGUAUGUGGAAAGAAUGAAGGAAAAACAGGACAAGAUCUACUUCAUGGCUGGGUCAAGCAGGAAAGAGGCUGAAUCUUCUCCGUUUGUUGAGAGACUGCUGAAAAAGGGCUAUGAGGUUAUUUACCUCACAGAGCCGGUGGAUGAAUACUGCAUUCAGGCCCUUCCCGAGUUUGAUGGGAAGAGAUUCCAGAACGGUGCCAAAGAAGGAGUGAAGUUUGAUGAGAGCGAGAAGACUAAGGAAAACCGGGAAGCCACAGAAAAGGAAUUUGAGCCUCUGCUCACCUGGAUGAAAGACAAGGCCCUUAAGGACAAGAUUGAAAAGGCUGUGGUAUCACAGCGUCUUACAGAGUCUCCCUGUGCUCUUGUGGCCAGCCAGUAUGGAUGGUCUGGCAACAUGGAAAGGAUUAUGAAGGCACAGGAAUACCAGACGGGCAAGGACAUCUCCACAAAUUACUAUGCCAGUCAGAAGAAAACAUUUGAAAUUAAUCCCAGACAUCCGCUGAUCAGAGACAUGCUUCGGCGGGUUAAGGAGGAUGAAGAGGACAAGACUGUCCUGGAUCUUGCUGUCGUUUUGUUUGAAACAGCAACACUCCGGUCAGGGUAUCUUCUACCAGACACCAAGGCAUACGGAGACAGAAUAGAAAGAAUGCUUCGCCUCAGUCUAAACAUUGACCCUGAAGCACAGGUAGAAGAAGAGCCGGAAGAAGAGCCGGAAGACACAGCAGAAGACACGGAGCAAGACGAAGAGGAAGAGGUGGAUGCAGGCACAGAGGAAGAAGAGGAGGCGGAGGAAGAAACAGCAAAGAAAUCUACAGCAGAAAAGGAUGAAUUGUAAAUUAUCUUCUCACCACGGAUCCUGUGUGGA